AUGGAGACAGAGCAGUGUUUGUCUUUCAGGCGGACGCCACCAGCCUCUACCGCACCGGCCGGCGCCGGCUCCCCGUCGCCGGGCUCCUUCCUGCCGUGCGACGCGCACCGGGGAGGCGCGUAUGCAGCCGCCGCGCUGCAGCGCGACUUCGGGGAUUUCUCGUCCAACCGUCCCGCCUCGCCGCCGGCGAAACACAGCAAGUUCUUGCACGAUACUUUCAACCAGGAGCACAAGGCCGCCGUUAUAAGCGGCAAUAAGGCGCCCUUCUACCACGAGAUCCGAGAGAAAAACGCUCUCAAAAGCCUGGGCUACUCCGGCAUGGGCACCGACUGCUUUGGCAAGCUGAAGGAGGCGGGUGGCAGUUUACCCGGCGGCGACUUGCCGAGCAGCGACUUCAUCGCCGACUCCAUCGACCUGUCGGGCAAGAACAAGAAGCGACGCAAUCGCACCACAUUCAGCACCUUCCAGCUGGAGGAGCUGGAGAAGGUGUUCCAGAAGACGCACUACCCGGACGUCUACGCUCGCGAGCAGCUCGCCCUCAGGACCGAGCUCACAGAGGCCCGAGUCCAGGUUUGGUUUCAGAACCGUAGAGCCAAAUGGAGGAAGCGGGAACGCUACGGGAAGAUCCAGGAGGUCCGCAACCACUUCAGCACCACCUACGAUAUUUCCCUCCUACCCCGCCAUGACACCUACCAGAUGCAGGGCAAUCUGUGGCCAGGGGCUUCAGGAGUCGUCAGCGGCGCGUCGGCUACCGGCUGCGUCCUCGGACCUGAAUCCUUACCCUCCUCCUGCAUGGGUGCGUACGCUCACCCUCACAGCAACCUGCAGGGCUUCAUGGGCAUCCCUUCGUCACCCAGCCACGCCCACCACCACCACCACCACCCGCCACACCAUCCGGCCAUCAACGGCCUCUACUCCCUCCACAGCUUCCCCGGCGUGGAGGCUCCGGAGAACGACUACAAGCCGACGGGCCUGAUGGCGCUGCGAAUGAAAGCCAAAGAGCCGGGCAGCAUUCUGUCAUGGCCGACAUGACCCCCACGCUACCUGACAACUUCCCCACCCACAGACACCCCUGCCACCCCCACAUCCCUGCGGCGUGCACUGACUGAGCCAAAGCAUAUUACAUUUCUGUGUAUACAGUGAGCCGUCGCUAUUCAUUGGGGUCAGGGACCACGCCCCCGACGCAAAUAUUGAAAAUCCAAGAAUAAUUGGCUAUAUAGCAGAAACACUUUUAUAUCAUUUCAAACUCAUCUUACAGUACAAAAAAAAAAACAUUUAAUUUAGAAAAUAAUGCAAUGGAAGUGCGGGACGCUGACAUGUAUGUCACCACUUCACAACUUGUAAAAAUACCAAUUGCUAC